AUGGACUUAUCCAACAAAUCUUUCCACGAUAUUUUUCUGCAAGUCAUGGUAGGGCACCCUGACGACGAUAUACAUAGGGACGCCCACAUGCAGGAUACACGGCGUUCCUCCCACCCCAACGAUACCUCACCGCUCCCAUCCGACGUCGUGAUCGGAUGGCGUUCGCUGUGUGGUUCCGUCCUGCCGGAGAAUAUCCGUGCCCACGCGGAAGCCUAUUCUGCAACGGCCGUAUCACCACACCAUUCCAAUACUCGUCGAACGACCCAGGCUACCGCCAAUUCUGUGACUAUUAGCAACCGCACAUUCCCGCUCGAUUCGAAACAAUUGUCUGAUCCUAGUAACGUGCCUGCCUCCAACCACAACGAAAACAGCUAUCUAUACGAGCGUCAUAGUCCUGUGCCACUUGUGAGCCCAUUUCUACCCGAUAUGACGGACUGGGACAAUUCUAUGCAGCUUGGUUUACAACCAAUAUUUACGGAUCACGAUUCAACAUUUGCCUCUGCUUUCGGCAAAACGUACGUAUCUCCCGAAACCUUGCCGGUUCCUGCUCUCCCGGCGCCUCCCCCCGCUUUCGAUCGGGCGCACUCCUUGGCCUUUUCGGUUUCCAGCGACUGUACGAGCCAAUCUGCUCUCUUUUUUCAUCCUAUAUCUAAUCCCACACACGAUCCACCCGUUUCACCACUCAAACCAUGUUUCUUGGAUACACCAGAGCAGCCCGUGGUGCCAGACAUCGUCCACAACUUGCCAAUCGAACCCCGUCCCACCAAGAAGCUACGCACAACGGAAACGAUCAAUAAUGAUGAUCUGUGGCCUCGCGCGUUGUGGCCACAACCUACACCGCAGCUAGCGAUCAACACAACGUGUGCGCCACUCGCCCCACCACCGGCCCAGCACGACUCCCAACCAGUCGUAUUGCUCCCCAUGCCAAUUGUUUGGCCCAAAACACCAACAGCCUUGAACACAAACCUGACUUUCGACACGUCGUGGCUCUCCGCCGCUCAAGUGGCCACCAAGAAAAGUGACCCCGUCGUGAAAAGGAAUAAGGACAGCGAACAGAUUUCCGCCAGCACACUUGUCGCCUCGCGACCUAGCGUGGUCGAUCCACGAUUGGCUACGUUCUUGGAACGCUUUGACAACGCCGAAUGGCGAUUGCAAGCCCUGCAGGCCGAAAAUGCCGAACUCCAAGCCAAAGUGCAGGAAGCCGAACGGCAAAAACGCGCCAUGCAACAGUUGGCCAGACGCCAUUUGUUCCAAAGUGUUGUGAAUGUGGCAGGAGUAGCGAUCGUAGGGAAGCGUCCCAAAAAUAUGGCGUGGGUGACUUUGCGAGCUCGUCGACAUGCUGGGACGAUGUUGCACCACCACUGCAACAGUAGCCGAUUCCUCUGUACCGAUCGUGUUGUAAUAGAGGAAAGGACAAUGACUCUGAAUCCAAGGAAUCGUCCGAACCGUCACACGUUCCUUUGCGAAUACAUAUCUGAUGUGGAUGCGUGCGGUCGUCGUCGCUGGAACCGGACAAAUUCACGGUCCAUACGGGCCGUCGCGAAGUCCAGACGCACUGUGUGUGCGACUGCUGUCGUUGCUCCUCUCCUUCGGAUACGUGAGCGGGAUCUCGCACAUUCUCUCCUUUCGAAAGGAUUCCUAUCCCGGGCAGUCUCCAGGCGCAUACCCCACGAGCUAGACACAAUUCGUCCAGCGAUGGUAAUGUUGGCAAGCCUUCCGCACGGCAUGGGUACAACAUGGAGUCAAGGAAAGGUUGUUGAAGUUGUUCUAAAACACCGAUCCUGUGUUUGCGUCGAGAGUUGGAGAGCUUGA